AUGGGUCUUACAUCAGACUCAGUUUAUGCCUGUUCCACCGUGCUCAUUUCCAAUGCCCUCGCCACCACACAUGACACCCAUGAGCAGCCAUCUCCACCUGAUGAACCAGAACCAAAGAGGCAGAGAGCAGAUGAUGCUUCUCUUAUCCCGGCAGAGCAGUUCCUCACUCAGCAUCCGGGUCCUGUUAUCAUCUCAGUAUCUGUACCCAACCUUGAUGAAGGAAAUCUGCAUGGCCAAGUUUUGGAGAUUCACGUCCAAUCACUGUCAGACACAGUAGGUAGUUUGAAGGAGCAGAAUGCUGGAGAGUUGCAGCUCCCUGCUAAUAAGCAGAAGUUGAGCGUGAGGACUAGUUUCCUCAAAUACAACCUUUCUCUUGCUUACUACAAUGUGGGUCCUGGAGUGGUGAUCAAUCUAACACUGAGGGAGCGUGGUAGGAGAAAUAAAUGGAGAAAGAAAUGAAGGAGAAAGAAAUGAAAGCCUUUUCAACCUCAGCACAGUGUCAGGUUAAUGCUUAGAACCAUUGUUCAGAGCUAUCAUGGAGAACCUUUUUACUGGAUCUUGCUGCGGUAUUUUUUGUAUUAUUUUAUUGAGCACAAUCUUUGGCGUUAUAUGAACGCUGUUCUUUCCUCUUAUGUCAAUGGUGUGAGGUUCUACCUUGACGUAGCUUGUAAUAUUUUACUGGAGGUUUGCUACUGGAUAGCCUACCUCAACUUGCUUGGGAAAAAAGGCUAUGUUGUUGUUGUUGCUACUGGAUACCUUGGCCAGUUGGCCACUUAAACUCUGUAUCACAUGUCUUCUUUAGCUUCUUCUGGUUGGUCUUA